AUGUGGGGGAAGACGGGUAUCGUUCUAAUUCCUUUAGCCUUGAGCUUGGCCUCUGCUAAUUCCGUGCAGCCCGACUUUAUCGAAAAUGUAAUAAAAAACGCGGGUGACUCCCGCAUCGUGUCUGGCUGGGAGGCGGAACCCGGUCAGCACCCGCACCACGCUUCCCUGCGCAUGGUGAACUUUCUUGGAUUGGUCAGCGCCUGCGGGGGCUCCGUCGUCCAUCGCAACUGGGUGAUCUCGGCCGCCCAUUGCACCGCCGGUUCCAUCACCUUGGUGGUACGCGCGGGAGUCACAAACCUCACCACGCCCGAGUACAUCUUCGAGACGAAUGAGUGGUACAACCAUCCCUCGUACAACGACCUGCUCCCCUCCGUGGUUCAGCCCAACGACAUCUCUAUCGUGCGCCUACAACGGCCCGUCGUGUACACUCAAAACUUGCGACCAAUCCGCGUACAGCCAGCUUCGGACGCGUUCAGAAAUUACGACGGCGAAGUCAUCUACGCCAGCGGUCAUGGCAGAACGUGGACAGGUGGCACCGCCCCUGAAGUCCUGAACUGGGUAUACCUCCGCGGGGUGUCGAACCCUUCAUGCGCAUCCGUCUUCGGCAGCAUCAUCACGACCACCACGAUCUGUGCCCGUUUCUUCAACGUCACAUCACAGUCCAUCUGUCAGGGUGACAGUGGAGGUCCUCUGGUUCACGUCGGCGCUGACGAUGUACCGACCUUGAUUGGCGUGAGCUCUUUCGUUGCCGGCGGAGAUUGGGGUUGCCAUUCUGGGUUGCCAGGCGGUUUCAUCCGUCCGGGACCCUUCCACAGUUGGUUCUAUGACGUUACGGGGAUAAACUUCGACGGUCUGGAGGAGGAGGAGGAAACCACCACUACAACCACCACAACCACAACUACAACCACAACCACCACCACCACAACGGCAGCUCCGACACCCACCACGACCACUACCACAACAACAACGCCAGCUCCUACAACCACUACAACUACUGAUCCCAGUACCACGACCGCUGCGCCAACCACGACCACGACCACGACCACGACGACCACCGAAGCGCCAGAAACCGAAGAGCCAGAAGAAGAAGAGGAAGACUCGGGUUCAGAAGAAGACCCGGAGUUAUCCGAAUUGCUUAAGAAAUUGGAGGUCAAAGUUAAAGUAAAGGUCAAACUAAGCAAGAAUCAGAUUAAAAAACAUGAACACGAACAUAAAGUUAAGCUG